AUGGAUAAUCCUUUCAGCAAGCUUUCCAAAAGGUCAUCUAUUGCCGUGGAAAGACCGUCUUUCCAACGUCCCGCAAAAUCUUCUUCCCAUGACUCUCGGUUCCCUGUUUUCGGGCUUGACUGGGCCUGUAACGCCAACUCAGACAUAGCAAAGAUAGCCGUCAGCUCGUUCCGGGAAGAUCUCACAAACAGACUGAAAAUAAUCAAUGGUACGCCAAAUUAUCUUGACACCGACACCGGAAUUAAAUCCCUGGAUGCGUACAACUUCCAGUCCGUUGCGGAGAUAACCGUCAACUAUCCUGUCACAAGGCUCCAAUGGGACCCGUCAAUGAGUUUAUAUCCCAACACCACUCGCUUGGCAACAAGUUCGGAGUGUUUAAGGGUCUACGAACUGGCGGAGCCCGACACAAAUCAAUCAUACUCGCAUAGUCCUCGGCUCGUUGAGAAACUCACGCUCACAAACUCAAAGAACAAGAACUUCAAUCAACUACCGCCGCUCACAUCUUUCGACUGGAACAAAACAGACCCCCGAUACAUCAUCACCAGUUCCAUAGAUUCGACGUGUACACUAUGGGACAUUUCCCGUGGAUCCGGAGUGGCAAAAACACAGCUGAUUGCCCACGAUAGCGAGGUGUUCGACGUCAAGUUCCUGCAUGGAAAUAAACAUGUCUUCACCAGUUGUUCCAACGACGGGUCGGUGAGAGUGUUUGAUCUCCGGUCUUUGGAACACUCAACCAUCAUCUACGAACCACAAUCCUCCAAGUCAUCCAUAACAAGUUACGGCAUGAAUGAUACCAGGCGAGAUAGUCAGGCCGGUGUUGUUCAGCCUACACCUUUACUCCGACUUGCUACUUCCAAUUAUAAUGCCAACCAACUUGCUGCCAUCGAAGCAGGAACAAACCGAAUACUAGUUUUGGACCUGAGAUACCCUGAGACCCCUGUACAGAUGCUGCAAACCCACGCGGGAGCCGUCAAUAGCAUUGCAUGGCACCCAUCCAAAAACGUGCUGGCAAGUGGUGCGGACGACUGUCAGGUGUUGAUUCACGAUUUGGCCGAUACUACACAGACAAACGAGUCAUUAUUACCCAAGUAUGCGUUCUUUGACGAGCUCGAAAUCAACAACGUGUGCUGGAACCCUCAAGGCACCUGGAUAGCUGCCAAUAGCGGUCGUCGCACCCAGUCAAUCAAGCUUACAGGCGUUUCUUCCAAAGCGUACAAUGAAGGAUACGCUCCCUCAAAUAAGGGACUUGCUGAUUUGGACACUUUUGCGCGUAGACAUUUUGGCCCAAACCCAAAGGAUGUCGAUCGCAUGCUUCAAACCGUCCAGUCUAACGAUCUUGGUGAGUUCAUCAGCAAAGUUAUCCCUGAAAAUGUGCUUGUGGCCAGACCUUUGAAGAUCGAGCCAGCUCAGGGCUACUCUGAGACACAGAUGUUGAAUCGACUUAAAAAGAUCGCGUCCAAGAACAAGCUUGUGAAGACCUAUAUCGGUAAAGGGUACUACAACACUGUUCUUCCAGCCGUGAUCCAACGCAAUCUGUUAGAAAAUCCUGGUUGGUAUACCUCUUACACUCCUUAUCAGCCAGAAGUUUCGCAGGGUCGCUUAGAGAGUUUGCUUAAUUAUCAAACCAUUGUUUCUGAUUUGGCUGGUUUGCCUGUUGCUAAUGCGUCUCUUUUGGAUGAAGGAACUGCUGCUGCUGAGGCAAUGAUCCUUUCUUACAACCAACUAAGAGGCAAGAAGGCCAAGUACUUCGUGGAUGUUAAGACCCAUGAACAGACCAUUGCUGUCUUGAAGUCCAGAUCCUACACUUUGGGUAUUGAGUUAAUCAUUGACGAUCUGUCCAAACUGGAGUCGGUUGCAGGCGAAAUUUGCGGUGUUUUGAUCUCUUAUCCUCAAACUGAUGGUGCCAUUCCGUCACCAGAGUCUUUGGCCAGUAUCACUGACAUUGUCCACUCCAACAAAGGAUUGGUGGCCGUCGCAUCUGAUCUGAUGGCUCUGGCUUUGUUGAGACCACCUUCUGAGUUCGGUGCCGACAUUGUUCUUGGAUCCUCGCAAAGAUUUGGUGUUCCAAUGGGUUUCGGAGGUCCACAUGCUGCGUUCUUCUCUGUCACUGAGAAACUGCAAAGAAAAAUGCCUGGUAGACUUGUGGGAGUCACAAAGGAUAGACUCGGCAACCAAGCCCUACGUCUUGCUUUGCAAACUCGGGAACAGCAUAUCAAGAGAGAAAAGGCCACUUCCAACAUCUGUACUGCACAGGCUCUUUUGGCCAACAUUGCUGCCAACUACGUGGUUUACCACGGUGCCUCCGGUCUGCGUACAAUCGCUGCACGUAUCCACGGCCUGACUAGCCUUUUGGCCCAACAAAUCACCGAAAACUCUUCUCAUUCCGUUAUCAAUUCGACCUUUUUUGACACUCUUUCAGUGAAGGUCGAUGGAUCCGCUGAUGAGUUCGUUGCUAAGGCUUUGUCUGAGUACGAAAUCAACAUUUUCAAGGUUAACGAUGGCCAAGUUCAACUCUCUUUGGAUGAAUCUGUCAACCAAGAAGACUUUGCCAAACUGGUGCAGCUGUUCACCUCCAAGUCUAUCUCUGUUCAAGAAAUUGAGGCAUUGCCUGAGUUCCCAAAAGAGCUGUUGAGAACUGACAAGAUCCUAACCAACCCAGUUUUCAAUACUCACAACUCCGAAACAGCUAUGCUUCGUUACCUGUACAAGCUUCAGCAAAAGGACGUGUCUCUAGCCUCGUCCAUGAUUCCUCUUGGAUCGUGCACUAUGAAGCUGAAUGCAACCACCGAGAUGAUUCCAAUUACCUGGCCCGAGUUUGCAAACGUUCAUCCUUUUGUUCCAAAAGACCAGGCUGAAGGCUACCUGCAGCUGAUUACCGAGCUUGAGGCUGACCUUGCAGACAUUACCGGUUUCGCUAAAACCACUCUCAUGCCAAACUCUGGUGCUCAGGGUGAAUAUACUGGACUCACCGUGAUCAGAUCUUACUUGGAGAGCACAGGUCAACAACACAGAAACAUCGUUCUUAUUCCUGUCAGUGCUCACGGAACCAACCCUGCUUCUGCCACUAUGGCUGGUCUCAAAGUUGUUCCCGUCAAGUGUCUGAGUAACGGAAACCUUGACCUGCAGGACCUUGAGGAGAAAACCACUAAACACUCCUCCGAUCUCGCAGCCAUCAUGAUCACGUAUCCUUCGACCUACGGUAUGUUUGAGCCAACAAUCAGAAAAGCCGUCGAGCUCGUGCACUCCAAUGGCGGACAAGUGUACCUUGACGGAGCCAACAUGAACGCACAAGUGGGUCUGACUUCUCCUGGCGAUUUGGGAGCAGACGUUUGUCACUUGAACUUGCACAAGACUUUCGCUAUUCCGCACGGAGGAGGAGGUCCGGGUGUGGGACCAAUCUGUGUUGCUGAGCAUCUUCAAGAUUUCCUGCCAAAACACCCAUUGACAUCCACCACAAAUGUGUCUGCCAAGGCCAUCAACGCUGUUUCUGCUGCUCCAUUUGGAUCUGCCUCCAUCUUGCCAAUCUCCUACUCCUACAUCAAGAUGCUGGGAGCCAAGAACCUGCCUUACGCCUCCACCUUGGCCAUCUUGAACGCCAACUACAUGAUGUACAGACUCCGCGACCAUUACAAGAUCAUGUUCCUUGGAGACGAGUCUGCUCAUGAGAAAAUCGAGUACUGUGCGCACGAGUUCAUCAUCGACCUCAGACCUUUCAAAGAGUUCGGUAUUGAGGCCAUCGACGUUGCCAAGAGACUCCAAGACUAUGGAUUCCACGCCCCAACCAUGUCUUUCCCGAUCCCGGGAACGCUCAUGAUCGAGCCAACCGAGUCUGAGGACCUGCGGGAGCUUGACAGAUUUGUCGACUCAAUGAUCUCCAUCCGCGCAGAAAUCGACGCUGUUCAAAAAGGAGGCAGCAAGCUCCUGCUGAAGAACGCUCCACACUCGCUCAGAGACCUGCUCGAGGCCGACGAAAAAGAAUGGACCCAGAGAGGCUACACGCGGGAGCAGGCAGGAUACCCAUUGCCAUUCUUGAAAGACUUCAAGACCUGGCCUACAGUAGCCAGAGUCGAUGACACCUACGGUGACAUCAACCUCAUGUGCACCUGUCCAUCUGUGGAAGAGCUUGCCGAACAAUCAUCCGGAAGAAGACCAGCUCCAAGAGCCGCCCCAGCCCACACCAGACAGGCAUCCACCAUGGCUGCACCUGCCCAAAACCACUCGUACAGCCGCCCUGUGCAGACCCAACAACAACAGCCAGGUCUGUUCUCUCAGAUGGCCUCCACCGCCGCUGGUGUCGCUGUCGGUUCUGCUGUCGGACACACCAUCGGUGCCGGAAUCUCUGGUAUGUUUGGAUCCUCGUCUCAACCAGCCGAGUACCAGCAACAGCAGGUCCAGGCCGCUCCAGCUCAACAGCAGUACCAACAACAAUCUCCAGCUUGUGAUGCUGACGCUAGAAACUUCACCAGAUGUUUGGAAGAGUCCAACGGUAACUUCCAAGCCUGCGACUUCUAUCUGCAACAGCUCAAGGCUUGUCAGGCUGCUGCCAGCCAAUACUAA